AUGGCAACACCAUACCAUCCUCAAACGAGCUACCAGGUCGAGGUGUCUAAUCGGACGCUGAAGUGCAUUCUGGAGAAGACCGUGAGUAUCUCUUGGACUGACUGGGCAAGAAGGUUAGAUGAUGCAUUAUGGGCUUAUAGAACAACAUUUAAAACACCGAUUGGAAUGUCACCUUAUCGGCUCGUUUAUGGAAAAACAUGUCAUCUACCCGUGGAGCUAGAACAUAAAGCUUAUUGGGGGACGAGGACACUGAACUUUGAUUUAAAAGCUGCUGGCGAGAAGAGAAUAUUGCAAAUCAUUGAGAUGGAUGAGUUCCGCAAUGAUACUUAUGAGAAUGCUCGGAUUUACAAGGAUAAAACUAAAAGAUAA